UUGAGGGUAUCAGGCAUCUUCAGAAUUCCAACCGACAUCAUGAAGUGCAUCCUAUUAGCUGUUCUGGCUGCGGUCGCCUUAUCGUCCGUCAGUGGUACCGCCAUUCCUGGCAAGGGUAACACCUUGAUCAUAAAUGUUUGCGGCAGCUACUACAGCAACCUCGGCCUGACCAUCAAUGGUGUGCUGAAUGCUGUCAGUGGACUUCUGAGGAAUCUCCUUGCCCUAGUUGGCAUCGUCGUUAACACUUUGCUGGGUCUACUCGGAGGCCUGCUCAACGUCCUCCUUGGAGGACUUUUAGGAGGCGGCAAUAAAGUGACCCUCAAUACGUUCUUGACUGCCCCCAAGACUAAAGGAGAAUACUUGGACUACGUUUUCAGGCUGGUCAUCAGUUACCAAGCUGUCAUUGACAAGGCCUGCCCAGGACUUGGUGCCGUCUGGAUCCGCGCCGUCUACAUUUCUCUUACCAUUACCAUCUCCGCUGACUACAAAACUUACUCUGGAUCUAAGCUGUUUAAGCCACUGAAGGGAAACUUAGCUGACUGGCUCAAACAACUCAAAUAUAACGAUUGCGUGAAAGAUUUCAACGCUGUCCUCAAGAAACACGGAGGAUGGAUCAACCUGGUUGGAGUCAAGAGAGUCCUCUUCCUCGCUGUCAAUGACAUACUUGGAGAGAUUUCCGCCAUCUUGUCGGUUGGAGUCAACGCCAUUGGAGGACUUCUAAUAUUAGCUAAUAUCACUGUGAAAAUUGUUAUCCAAUCCGUUGGUAUCAUUGUUUGCCUGCUCGCCAACCUGUUGGAUGAAGUUGGUGACAUUCUGGACGACGUCAUUGAUGCUCUCUUCGGUAUUAUCGGCACAAUAGGAAUCCUUGGCGAAGGAGACAUCUAUGACUGCCAAUCAGAGAUCAUCUAUACCUGCAGCAAAUACAGCAACAAGGAUUACAAUGAUCUUUUUGAUUAACACAGUGUUGCCCUCUGAGUAAAUUUUCACUGAACCCUGGCCUUUUUUGGUGAACUCCGGCACCCAUAUACCUUUAUGUUUUCCAACUAAAUAUUCAUCAUCAUCAGCCCAUUAACGUCCCCACUGCUAGGGCACGGGCCUUCUCUAUGAAUGGAUAGGGAGAUCGGGCCUUAAACCACCACGCGGGCCCAGUGCGGAUUGAUGGUUAUUAACGACUGCUAAUGCAGCCGGGACCAACGGCUUAACGUGCCUUCCGAAGCACGGAGGAGCUCGAGAUGAAUAUUUUUUUUGUGGUCACCCAUCCUAUGACCGGCCUUUGCGAAAGUUGCUUUACUUCAACAAUCGCAGACCGAGCGCGUUAACCGCUGCGCCACCGAGCUCCUCUAAAUUACUAAACUACGUAAAUAUUAAUAUGUGUAUAUGUGUAUAUUUUAAUGUUGUAUAUGUGUGUCGGUUUUACCUAAAUUAACUUUUUUAUUAUUAUUAUUACUAAAAUGUUUUUACCAGUGUCAAAUUUCAAUCAUCUGUCACGUUAGUCUAACAGAAAGCUCGGUGAAGCGUGCGUACUUAGUUCAUCUUGCGAUGGCUGUAGGUACCUGACUAUCCCAAUUGGGAAUAUGGUUAUGAGCUUAUGUUAUGUUCAUGU